AUGUCGUCCAUGUAUCUGCCUUCCGCCAUGGACGAACAAAUGAUCAUGUCUUCAAAUGCAUUGGACUCCGUUUUUUCUCCAGCCACGAUUGAUUCAUUUGAUCCAGCACAUGAUAAAUACCAAACGCAUGGCAAUAUCUCCAUGGACGCGGACCUUCCGUCUCAGGCGUCUGUCAAUGAAGAACCUUUAUCAGCUGGUGUAGUGAAUUCUGCGGCCAGCAGCUCCCGUUUGCCAGAUACUGACAGCAGUUCCGGCGUUUGUAUCUCCCCUAACACCAAUUUCAAGCCCAGUGUGUCCAUGACCGGAUUGCCAUUUGCUACCACGGAUGUGAAUAGCAUCGCUCCAGCCUUGAUGGAAAAUGCUGUUGGCGAUUCAAAAGUUCCGGCUAUGUCACCGGCUCAGGUGCCAUUAUCUAACGCAGCAAAUGAUGCGUCUUUGACCCUUACCUCAAUCAGGACGAUUUGGCCGAGUCGUUCGAAUUUACCAUCUGACAUGAAAAUCCUCGUGAAUGGUGUCCCCGCCAUCGGCGCCAAGUCUCGUGUUGAGACACAAAUUCGCAUGCGCAUUGAACUUGUGCAUCCCAUUCCGACCGACAAUCCACAAGUGGCUCCGCAAUACGAGCGGAUCGGCUCCUUCACCCACAUCAAGGUACCGCCGCUAAGCGGCACAAAGCGCAAGUCGAAAAAACACCAGAAACUCCAUGUACCGCUUGAGUCCACACUUGUGCUUGAUGCAGAGGUAAUCAAUGCGACUCCUCCGCACUCUCGUGUUUACGUAUGCAACAGCUGUCGUGAGCGUGAGCGGAAGCGCGCGCAUCGUAAAAAGAGCAAGGUAUCUCUGCAAACGAUAAACCCGACGGAGGAAGAAAUGUCUGCGAUUGGCAUCGACCCGAAAUCGCCGGAUGCGGUCGAGCGAGCGGUUUCUUACCUAGAGGAAGAAGAACGCAAGCAUGCUGUCUUGUUCAACUGUGGCGACUAUGUCGACUUUCAUGACGGCGAAGUCGUCCUAUCCACACGUAUUACAUGCUACUGUCGUCACCACCGCGAGAAGAUUGGCUUUCACAUCAUCUUCACAUUGCGGAAUCAUAAAGGCGAAUUUAUCGCUACCGGAAGCACACCGCCCAUAAUGAUUAUGGAUGAUCAUAAGUCUGUAUCGCAGGCGACCACGGUGAGUAGGCUGAACGAAAGCCGGCUGCGCUCCAAUGCGCAAGACAGGGCUUUUUCGCCAUCUCGCACAAUUGAGACACCAUCUCGUAUGCGCGAUCGGCCAAAACCCUACGACGAUAGCAGCCGCUAUCGUCGUUCUCUGCCGCGCGAAACUUCUCAACCGCCUUUGCUGCAGGACUCAAGUCGCAUGUCUUUUCCUGUAAGUGAGUCAAUCGGGGCGUCUUGGUUGCGCAGCGUGUCGCCUGUAUCGUUGGAUGAAUCCAUGCCCAACAGUAGCAUGACUUUGCAUGAGGCGGCCUUGUCAAGUCCUGUUCAAAUGAGUGGCUUGCCGCCAUUUCCUCCUUUACCGCGGCUAAGUGAAGACCACCGGUCUGAAGCGAGUGUAUCUUUAUCUAUACCUCGUAUCACGAAGCUGGUUCCAGUCGAGGGACCAACCACUGGUGGGAUUGAGAUUACCGUGCUUGGUGAAAACUUCCGAAAUGGAAUCCAGUGCGUGUUUGGCGAUAUGCCAAGCACAUUUACCCGCGUAUGGGCUCCCACCACACUUGUCUGUAUCCUGCCUCCCAGCUUUCGUCCUGGUCCUGUCAUCGUUCGCUUACAAGACCCCACGCCACCGCAAGCCCUUCUUGAACCGGGUGGCUCUCAUCCCCUCCAGCUAUUUACAUACAUUGACUCGACUGACAGGGCACUGAUGGAGCUAGCUCUUCAGGUCGUCGGCAUUCAAAUGACAGGUCAAUUUACAUCAGCUCGUGAUAUUGCUAUGCGCAUCGUAUCUGCUUCACAGGGCAACGAGGCUUCCUCUUCGCGCGGCAUGGCGUCUCAAGGUAACGGGGUUGGCAAUGGAAUGUGCAACAAACUCUCUUCAGGCUCAGGUGUGCCUGAUGUGUCCGAUGUGCUCUCUUCUGGACUACGCUUGAACAGUACACGAUCAUCCAAAUUGCCCGGCGUCCAAGACUCACUGCUCGGCUUCUUAACACUCCUAGAUGUUGACAUGAACUCGUCAUCUGAUAAGCCAUUCCAGCGCAACGCUAUUCAUGCAUGCAAUUCUAGUGGCCACACGCUCUUGCAUCUCGCAGUGAUUCACAAUUUCCACCGACUAGUCUCAGAUCUUUUGCAUCGUGGAUGCCCUGUCAAUGCGCGUGAUGCUAAUGGUUACACGGCACUGCACUUUGCUGCUUUGCACGGCUGGAUGGAGGUGACCAAGUUGCUUCUUUUGCAUGGCGCGAAUCCUUAUGAUAUAAAUGAAGAAGGGCUCAUCCCCCUCGAAGUGGCUCGUCGUUCUGAAAAAAUCGAUGUCGAGCGUAUGCUUAUUGAGUGGGUUGACUAUGACGACAACGAAUCUCUUGAUGCUGAAGUUGGCAACGACACAUCUGACGAGGAAAUAACAAUGAGUGAUGCUGACCAGGAGCUGGAUUAUUACGUCGAUGAUGAGACAGAGACAGAGACGGAUGAUGAAGCUGAAGAUGCCGAUGAGCAAAAUCGAGGAAAGAGGGAAGAGCACGACACCUCUGAGUCGGAAGAAUGGGUCUCCUUUGGUGAUCUUGCGAGUAUUGAUCGGGUGUCGUGCACAUCGAGUGCGCCUGGUUUGCCGACGGAACGCGAGCCACGAAUCCCUGCUUCUCCGGAUCAGCCGCAUCCACGCCGACCUAGCAACCUCCUGCAAGCCCUUCCACCGUGGGAUCACGAAGUCAAAUUGCCAGGCCCCAUCCACUCCCCGCCGCCGACAUAUGAUGAAGCAACCACUACCUUCAAGGGUGAGCCCAGCUCAUCGAAACACAUUGACGGUGAAAAACUCAUAACAAGCCCCGACUCACUCACAUUGUCACGCACUCAACAUCCAAUGACUCUCGCGAAUGAACGGGAGUUUGCGUACAUACGGAAGGAACGUCGAAGCAAUCGUAUGGCCCGACACCGUCGCUCCAACGAAAGGUCGAAAGAAACAGCGACAGAGACCGUUGUCCGACCACGGCAAGGCGUGUACGACGAUCGCAUGUUGCUUUGGUUCUGGAUCCCUGCCAUGCUACUGGCUCUGUUGGUCCCCUUCGUGCUCCAGACUCGCACGUUUGCCUCGUUCUAUGAAGGUUCCUGGCUGCAGCGUAUCACUCAAUUAACCUCCCCCAGUUGA